UUAUGUUUGUUAUCCAAUCAUUAUUUUGUUAUGUUAAUGAAUAAAAACAUUAAUUUAUACGUAUAACUAACAGAGUGCUCGAUAGUCGGAGCAUUUCGAAGCAUGUAAUGAUCAUGAAUGAUAUAAGCAUGCAGAGUUGCAGACAUGCAGUUGUAGAGAGUAAACUGCACGUCUGCAGUCGUCGAACCUAAUCUCUGUCGACGUGCACGUCGGCAGGGGCAGAUCAGCUGAUAAUAUUUUCGAAUAUCGCGAACGCGACAACAUCCGCGAGUACAACCGCGUGGAGUGAAGCCAGAGAGUAAGAGUGUAGUGCAUCGACAACUACCUCUCCUUGGAAACAAAGGGUUUUGCAGAUGAGUCCAAUGGUUGUCGACGACGACGUGCUUCUGUGAGAGUCGAGGAGGUCAACGACGACGACGUCCACACAGCGUAGAUAUAUCGAGAAUACGUCUCCGUAUGCUCGAACGGCAGCAGUGCUCGGAUAAUGGGUAACCAAGGGAGCAACCAGCCCCUUAGGUUGAGGGAGCCUCCUCACCGAGCUGGAGCCGGUGCCCACCAUGAUCAUCAUCGCGAACCGCAGCACCACCAUCAUCACAGACAUGGAGCAAAAGAGCAUCCUCCACCCUCGCCUAGCAAACAGACGGACCAAGGACAGGCCUUUAUUUUUGAUAAAAAAGACAAAAUUAUGGUCUUUCAGUCCUCCCACGAAGAGGAGGAGGAGCCAUACUUUGCCAAGAAGGAUGAUGUUAAGGAGGCACAUAAUUACCACGGUGCUCGACCUCGCUCUCAUACAGUCUCUGAAGGAACAACCAGUAAGAAUUCCGACAGAAAAACUUUGCCAACUGUGUUCAAAUGGGAAGGUGGAGGCAAACAAGUUUUUAUCAGUGGUACAUUUAAUGAUUGGAAAACUUUGCCUAUGGUGAAAAGUCAUGGUGAUUUUGUAACGAUAAUUGAUUUACCGGAAGGUGAUCACCAGUACAAAUUUUUCGUUGAUGGGGAGUGGAGGCACGAUCCUGGCCUUAAAAUCGUCGAUAGUGGAAUGGGCUCUAAGAAUAAUUGUGUAACCGUAAGAAAAUCAGACUUUGAAGUCUUUCAAGCCCUUGCAAAAGACAGCGAAGCCAUUAGUAGUAGUGCCCAAACGGAAUAUGGCCAAGAGAUACCUCAACAUAAGCCUUGGGAAAAAGUUUCUGGGCCUCCAAUACUGCCACCGCAUUUGUUACAAGUUAUACUCAACAAAGACACGCCUUUAUCGUGCGAGCCUACCCUACUACCGGAGCCGAAUCACGUAAUGUUGAACCACUUGUACGCCCUAAGUAUCAAAGAUAGCGUCAUGGUGCUCUCCGCGACGCAUCGCUAUCGCAAAAAAUACGUGACGACGCUACUCUACAAGCCUAUCUAAACAAGUUCGCAUCCCCAUCCACUUGAAUAGCUAACGAACUACUCGCAUUAUAAACACAUGUUUGCCCACCCAUGCAACGUCGACUAGGGACUUUGGAAAAAAAAAAAAAAAAAAACCAGUCCAAACAAGCGCAGCUUUACACUUAGCGAAUCUUCCCUAAGAGAUCAUUGUUCUUUUUAGUCGUGUGAUUUAACGAAUGGUGUGUGACGUAGACACCCGUGUAUAUUUAUACAUACACGCAUAAUACACCAAUGUGAACAAGGUUUAUGCCAUUGUGAACAAGAUAAAGAGAGAGAGUCAUUUGUGGUGCGUUGCGACCUCGGAAAUUGUAACAUAUGUAAUUAAUUUAUUAAAACUUAUGCUCAUAGUUGAUUGUAACGAAAGAAAAAGAGAGUGAGAAAGA